CAGAGCGACGCGGAGCCCCGAGGCCGGACGGCGCGCGCCUGCAGCACAACCUCGGACACCAUGCGGGGGGCUCUGGUGCCCCUGCCCCCGUUGCUGCUGCUCUUGCUGGGCUGCAGGCCUCGGACAGCCACCGGUGGAGGGGCCGGCCGGGCGGCGGGCUACGCGCCUGUGAAGUACGUGCAGCCCAUGCUCAAGGGGCCUGUGGGGCCCCCGUUCCGCGAGGGCAAGGGCCAGUACCUGGAAAUGCCUCUGCCAAUGCUGCCGAUGGACCUGAAAGGAGAACCCGGCCCCCCGGGGCAGCCUGGACCUCGGGGCCCCCCAGGCCCACCUGGCUUCCCAGGAAAACCAGGCACGGGGAAGCCAGGGCUGCACGGGCAGCCUGGCCCUGCUGGGCCCCCUGGCUUCUCCCGGGCGGGCAAAGCUGGUCCCCCAGGGCUCCCAGGCAAGACCGGGCCACCAGGGCAGCCAGGGCUGCGGGGGGAGCCGGGAAGCCGAGGGGACCAGGGCCUCCGGGGGCCCCCAGGUCCCCCUGGCCUUCCUGGGCCCUCAGGCAUUGCUGUCCCUGGGAAACCAGGCCCCCAGGGUGUGCCAGGGCCCCCUGGGUUUGGAGGGGAGCCAGGGCCCCAGGGUGACCCGGGGCCUCCAGGGGGUCGAGGCCUCAAGGGAGAUAAGGGGGUGGGCCAACCGGGGCUGCCAGGGGCCCCAGGGCAGGGGGGCGCCCCUGGCCCCCCUGGACUUCCUGGCCCUGCUGGCUUGGGCAGACCUGGCCUGGAUGGGCUUCCUGGGGCCCCUGGAGAUAAGGGUGAGUCGGGACCCCCUGGGGUACCAGGGCCCAGGGGGGAACCAGGGGCUUUGGGCCCCAAAGGGUCCCCUGGGGUGAAUGGAAUUGGGGUGCCAGGGGCAGUAGGGGUGCCAGGUCCACAGGGCCUGGUAGGGGCCAAAGGUGAGCCUGGGCCCCGGGGCCCCCCCGGCCUGAUGGGCCCUGCUGGCUAUGGGGCUCCUGGGCUGCCUGGCCCUAAGGGAGACAGGGGCCCUGCGGGGGUCCCAGGGCUCUUGGGGGACAGGGGGGAGCCAGGGGAGGACGGGGAGCCUGGGGAGCAGGGCCCGCAGGGCCUGGGGGGGCCUCCUGGCCUUCCGGGGUCUGCAGGACUCCCCGGGAGACGUGGGGCCCCUGGACCUAAGGGGGAGUCAGGGCCUGGAGGACCUCCAGGGGUGCCUGGCAUUCGAGGUGACCAGGGCCCGAGUGGCCUGGCUGGAAAACCUGGGGUCCCAGGAGAAAGGGGGCUCCCGGGGGCCCAUGGACCCCCUGGACCAGCUGGGCCCAAGGGUGAGCCAGGUUUCACGGGCCGCCCUGGGGGUCCUGGGGUGGCAGGCGCCCUGGGGCAGAAGGGUGAGCUGGGGCUCCCCGGGCAGCCAGGCCUGAGGGGCCCCUCGGGAAUCCCAGGACUCCAGGGCCCAGCUGGCCCGAUUGGGCCCCAGGGCCUGCCUGGCCUGAAAGGGGAACCAGGCCUGCCAGGGGCCCCUGGAGAGGGGACAGUGGGCGAACCUGGCAUGACCGGGCCUACAGGGCCCCCUGGGGUCCCCGGUUCCCCCGGACUCACAGGCCCUCCUGGGCCUCCCGGCCCUCCCGGCCCCCCGGGUGCCCCCGGGGCCUUGGAUGAGACAGGCAUAGCGGGCCUGCACCUGCCCGACAGCGGCGUGGAGGGGGCGGUGCUGGGCAAGGGGGGCAAACCACACCUGGGGCUGGGGGAGCUGCCAGCCCAGGCCACGCCGGCCUUCACGGCGGUGCUCACCUCGCCCUUCCCUGCCUCGGGCAUGCCAGUGAAGUUCGACCGGACGCUCUACAACGGCCACAGCGGCUACAACCCGGCCACGGGCAUCUUCACCUGCCCCGUGGGCGGCGUCUACUACUUCGCCUACCACGUGCACGUGAAGGGCACCAGCGUGUGGGUGGCUCUAUACAAGAACAACGUGCCGGCCACCUACACCUACGACGAGUACAAGAAGGGCUACUUGGACCAGGCGUCGGGUGGUGCCGUGCUGCAGCUACGGCCCAAUGACCAGGUCUGGGUGCAGAUGCCCUCAGACCAGGCCAACGGCCUCUACUCCACCGAGUACAUCCACUCUUCCUUCUCGGGCUUCCUGCUCUGCCCCACAUAGCCCGGGAGGCGCCGACACUGCCCCCGCCGCCACCUCUGGUGGUUGAGAGAACUUUCCGGUGACAAGAACCUCCAUGUAAAGGAAACCACCAGAUCGGAGCUGGACAGAGGCGCUUUGGUCUUGGCCCAAGGAGAACGCGUUGGUUCCUCCCUGCACGGGGCGCAGGGUGGCCAGGAGAGGCUGGUCUGAGUCUCCCAGAUGUCCGAGCAGUGGGGUAGGGGUGGGUUGUACCCCAUUCCUGCCCAGCCUGGGAGGCCCCUUGGGGGUCCUGGACUCUGCUGGACCAAGGAGGUCUGAGGGUCCCCCUCCAUCUCCCCGAGA